CGCGGAGCUAACGCGAGCUAACGCGGCUAACAAUGGGGGUAGCUGGUCAAACAGCCGGUUUAAGCCCUGAAAUGUGGAUGUUUUAGCUCCAGCACGCUGCUGUCUAACCCGAGGGUGGCGUGUAAAAGGUGUAGUUAUUCUCUAUAACCUUCAUAACUCGUGGACGAGCUGCACCUAGCAGCAGGUUAAGCUCAGCCGGGCUACACUUCCUGAAUUCCUGUGUCUUGUUUUAAGGUUGACACAGACGCCCUCCUCUCUCUCUCUCUGUGUCUCUCUGUGUACAAACAAACCUGUUCAACACUCACCUCUUCCCUGUGUGAGUGUGUUUGACACCAGACAGUGAAGCUGCAUGAGCUCAUGGCUUCACCUUUUAUAUCAGAUUAUGGCUCACCUGUGUGUAAUCUCACCUGUGGAGAUGGUGUCUGGGCCGGCCACAACUGCACAACUUUUGGUCAGCAUCUUCGUUGUUUGGUCGUAAAUGUGACAGACGACGACGCCAACGCCAACGCAUCCAGCCUCGCUAUGGGUCAGGACAGGGGGAAGUAUGAUUUCUACAUCGGUUUGGGGUUGGCCAUCAGCUCCAGCAUCUUCAUCGGAGGCAGCUUCAUCCUCAAGAAGAAGGGGCUGCUGCGGCUGGCGAGGAAGGGGUCGAUGCGAGCAGGCCAGGGUGGUCAUGCAUAUCUAAAAGAGUGGCUAUGGUGGGCUGGUUUAUUAUCAAUGGGAGCUGGUGAGGCAGCCAACUUCGCAGCAUACGCCUUCGCCCCCGCGACUCUGGUCACCCCACUGGGCGCCCUCAGUGUUCUCGUCAGCGCAGUGCUGUCGUCGUACUUCCUGACGGAGCGGUUAAACCUGCAUGGGAAGCUUGGCUGCCUGCUCAGCAUCCUAGGCUCCACCACCAUGGUAAUUCACGCUCCGCAGGAGGAGGAGAUCAGCAGCCUCGAGCACAUGACCAAGAAGCUGGUGGAUCCAGGGUUUUUUGUCUUUGCCACUCUCGUCAUCAUCGUGGCCCUCAUCUUCAUUUUUGUCGUGGGUCCCCGCCACGGUCAGACCAACAUCCUCGUCUACAUCACCAUCUGCUCGGUAAUCGGCGCGCUGUCGGUGUCUUGCGUCAAAGGACUGGGCAUCGCCAUCAAGGAAGCGAUCGCUGGUAAAAACGUUGUGAGGAACCCGCUGGCGUGGAUCUUGCUUUUGGGUCUUGUGGCCUGUGUGAGCACACAGAUCAACUACUUGAACAAGGCUCUGGACAUAUUCAACACCUCCCUGGUGACUCCCAUCUAUUACGUGUUCUUCACCACAUCCGUGCUCACCUGCUCCGCCAUCCUCUUCAAGGAGUGGGGUCACAUGGGCACGGACGACGUGAUCGGCACCCUCAGUGGCUUCCUCACCAUCAUCGUGGGCAUCUUCUUGCUCCACGCCUUCAAAGACGUCAGUGUUAGCUUGGCCACUCUCGCCGUGUCCAUGAGGAAGGAGGAGCGAGCCUUCCCCGCGGCCAACGGCAUGGGGUCCCACAGCACCUACGAACUGCUACAUAACGAGUCCACCGAGGACAUUGAGGACAGAGAAAUGGGGUUGCCUUUUGAUAGCGUGUCUAGAAGAAAUGGGGCGAUGACUUCUUCUUUGGAUCAUUAAAGGCCUCCCUUACUGACUCACCAACCAUGGCGUUGUUAUGGUAUAUUUAAAAUAAACAAUAAGACAAUCAGCUGUAUGGGGAAAGUGACUCGGACAGACCAAGUGGAUUGUAUUUAAUGUUUUAAUUUGCCUUACUUUACUCAGAAUAUGACCCGGUCGUAUUCGGUUACAGUUAGAACUUAAUUUCAUUCCUCUGUAGCGCUGUAAAUAUGAGUUUUUUUUAAAGAAGUUUUGUUAUAUGUACAUGCAUAUUCAUGCACUGACUUCCUUUCUAUAAAUCAAAAAGUUUUAAUAUAUAUUCUAUAUGAGGUCUCGCUGACUAUGAAUACAUUUAAGACAGUCACUACAAUGAUUCAAGUUUGUUUUUUUCUUUUCGUGAAACUUGAAAGUAAAAACAGUUUUUGUUGGGGAAGUCGUUCUGAACUUUUUUUUUGUAGCGUUCACAUGAAAAGCUCUCGAGAUGAACCAACAGAUUUGUUACAUAUUUAUUGAAUUAAAAUGAUUAAAACAUUUGAAACACAAGGCACAGUGAAUAAAUGCUUAACACGAG